AUGGUAAAUUAUUACGACGAAAUUGAAAUUGAAGAUUUCGAGUACAAUGCAGAGGAGGAAACAUAUUAUUAUCCUUGUCCAUGUGGGGAUAAAUUUCAAAUUACUAAGACGGAUUUAUUAGCCGGAGAAGAAGUAGCCUCAUGUCCUAGUUGUUCAUUAAUUAUCAAAGUUAUAUAUAGUAAGGAAGAUUUUCUCAGCGAUUCAAAGGAGUCCGAAGAAGAAACAGAAGACUUAGUAAAAAAAGUAAAAGCAUUAGAAGUUAACUAA